AUAUAUAUAUCUAUAUCUAUAUAAAUGAAUAAUGCCUAUGUGAUAGCCAAGAUAUUUAGCAAUUAAUUAAGGCAGCUGCAAGUUGGCGACUUUUGUGAAGCCAAUGCUAAAAAAUGUGCGCGACAAAGGUGGCACGCAAACCGAAUCCAGUGCUGAAGGCGAAUUUCCUAUCCAAGUGGUUUUUUAUCUGGUCACGUGAAAUUUUGCGCAAAGGAUAUGGCAAAAGCAUUGAUCCCGCAGAUCUGUACGCAACUCUACCCAACCAGGAUAGCCAAGUUGUAUCGCAACAUCUGCUGGGUUAUUGGGAACGUGAGCUGAAGCGACCGCAUCCCAAUGUGCUACACAUGAUCUUCAAGGCAUAUGGCGCCAGUUUUGUGCCCCUUUGCAUACUCUACUCGCUGGUGGAGAUCUCCUUGCACACAAUGCAACCGCUGAUGCUUGGCAAGCUGGUGUCCUUUUUCUCGGAGAGCUCUCAUGUUAACAAUAUAUCCAAGGAGUCGGCCUAUCUGUAUGCCAUGGGCGUGGUUCUGUGUUCACUGGUGAAGGCCCUGUGUUAUCAUCCAUACAUGUUCCAUCUGUUCAAGCUGGGCACUCGCAUCCGGCUGGCCUGUGCCGGCCUGGUGUACAGGAAGUGCCUGCGUGUCUCCGUUGCUGCCGACAAUAGUGGAAUGAGUGGGUAUGCUAUAGCCAUAAUGGCAACCGAUUUGCCGCAGUUCAAUGAGACCUUCUACUUCUUCCACGAGCUGUGGAAGGGUCCGCUGGAAGGUUUGAUAUUUGGCUACAUCAUUUAUCAGAUUAUUGGCUGGUCAGCGCUUGUGGGCAUGGCCACUAUUAUAGUCUUUAUACCACUGCAAGUUUGGGCCGCUAAGGCGACGGCCAAAUUUAAGAGACUCUCCGCUGAAUAUGGCGACGAGCGAGUGAAACUAAUGAAUGAGAUCAUCUCGGCGAUGCAGGUGAUCAAGAUGUAUGCGUGGGAGAAAUCCUUUGCCAAGCUGAUAGCCCGAGUGCGCAAGAAAGAGAUGGGUGCCAUCAAGGGCUCCCUGUUCAUCUAUGCGUCGGUCCAGUGCACCGAUAUGAUAUCGAAGCUAUCGUUAUUCCUGUGCCUGAUGACGUACGUCUUUACGGGUGAUGUUGUGACCGCCCAGAAGGUGUUCAUCGUUUCCAGCUAUUACGAUCAUCUGAAUAGCUCGCUGCUGCAUAUGUGGCCACUGGCGGUUAACACCUGGGCGGAGACUCAUGUUGUCGCCCGACGCGUUCUCGAUUUCCUCAUGCAGCACGAGGAUCCUGCGGAUGGAGGUGUAGCCAACUUCAAUGAUGUGGACGAUGAUCUGCAGCAUGGCAACUAUUUUGGACGCAUACACAAUCCCAUAGCCAUGAGGAAGAGCGUCACGCUCCGACAGUUGACUGCUAGUUGGGACCAGGCCAACCAGGAGAAGCGCCAGAUGCAUAUCGAGGACAUUAGUUUCCAGGCCGAGGAACAGCAAUUUGUCGGCAUUUUGGGCACCGUCGGUGCUGGGAAGAGCACACUCCUAGCGGCUCUCCUGGGUGAACUGGACAUAAUCAGUGGCAGCGUGGAACUUAAUGGCGUUAUUAGCUAUGCACCGCAGCAGCCCUGGGUAAAUCGCUGCAGUCUGCGCGAAAAUAUUAUUUUCAUGGAGCCGUACGAUGAGCGACGCUACAAUGAUGUCCUGCGAGUCUGCAUGCUGGACACGGAUAUCGAGAGACUGCAACACGGCGAUGCCACCAUUGUGGGUGAAUCCGGUGUUAGUUUGAGUGGUGGUCAGAAGGCUAGGGUGAGUUUGGCUCGUGCUGUUUACCGCAAGGCCGAUAUUUAUCUGCUGGAUGAUCCACUGUCUGCGGUGGAUACGCAAGUCGGUCGACUGAUCCUACACCAUUGCCUGAAUGACUUCCUCAGCGACAAGAUUCGCAUUAUGGUCACACAUCGUGUGCCGCUGCUGCGCCAUGCGGAUCACAUGGUGCUCAUGGAGGGCGGACAUGCCUCCAUCCAGGGCAGAUAUGAAUCCCUUAAGAAGCUCAUUCGCCUUCGCAUGUCCAUCGCAAAUGAGAGUGAAGUGUCCAAGCUGAGUGCCGUGCGCAGCGAAAGCAUCUUUGAGGAGAUGCCGCCAAAGGAGCCAUUAUCACAACAGCAGCUUCAACGGCAGCUGGACGAGCACGUGCACAUAUACAAGGAGCAGCAGUUCCAGGGAUAUGUCAAACUUAGCACCUACAAGCAAUAUUUUGUCAUCUUGGGUUUACCCCUAAUGGUGCUCCUUAUCCUGGUGCUCUUUGUGUUGGCACGCGGAUCUGAGGCCUGCAUGGAUAUUUUCCUAUCCAAAUGGGCCACCUGGGAGGAAAAGGAACCGGAUGAUACCGAGCCGGCGAUUGAGCGCCGCAAGACUCGCACAGGUCUGCUAAUCCUGUAUGCCGUGCUGAUCGUGUGCACCCUGUGCCUGUAUGUCCUGCGCACCUUUGGCUUCUUUAUGAUAUGCCUGCGCAUCUCCAUAAGAGUUCAUAAGUUCCUUUUCCAUGGCAUCAUACGGGCCAGCAUGCAAUUCUUCACAAUGGCCACCUCGGGACGCAUUCUCAAUCGCUUCUCCAGCGACAUCCUCGCCAUCGAUAUAAGCUUGCCGCAGUCAAUGAUGGAGACCCUUGAGUUCUUUGUGAAUGGCUUCGCAGUGCUCAUCGUUGUGAGCACCGCCAACUAUUGGCUCCUUAUACCCGCUGUGGGCAUGAUUGCCAUACUCUACUUUUCUCGGAGUCUCUACAUUGGCGCCAGCAGAAGUCUCAAGCGCAUCGAGACCAUAUCUCGCAGUCCUCUCUAUUCGCACACAAACUCAACAUUCCGGGGAUUGACCACCAUUCGCGCCUUGAAUGCAACGAAGUGUCUGGAACGGCAUUUCCAUGGUUAUCAAAAUGAGAAUACGUCCGCGGUUUAUUUGUAUGCGAGUGUAAAUCGGGCCUUUGCCUUCUGGACGGAUCUCAUAUGUGUUGUGUACAUUUUGUUGGUAACCUUCAGUUUUCUGGUGUUCGAUCGUGGUUAUUAUAGCGGUGAUGUUGGCUUGGCCAUAACACAGUCCAUAUCAUUGGGCAUUAUUUGUCGAUGGGGCAUGCGACAUUCAGUCGAACUGGAGAACCAGAUGACCAGCGUUGAGCGUGUCCUGGAGUACAUUCAACUGCCUUCGGAACCAUCCUAUGAGACUGAUGCGGCUAUCAAUCUGCCAGCGAAAUGGCCUAGUCCGGGCCAGAUACAUUUUCAGGAACUGCGGUUGCGCUACAGCGAUCAUGGGCCUUAUGUGUUGAAGGGUCUUAGCUUCACCAUACAUCCCAAAGAGAAAGUGGGUAUUGUGGGUCGCACGGGAGCAGGCAAAUCCUCUGUGGUGCAGGCACUCUUUCGCCUCGCCAUCAAUGAGGGACUCAUCGAGAUCGAUGGCUUUGAUAUUGGAAAAUUGGGACUGCAUGAUUUGCGCAGUCGCAUCUCGAUUAUACCGCAGGAUCCAGUGCUCUUUUCGGGCACACUGCGUUACAAUCUGGAUCCCUUUGAGCAGCAGUUGGACGAGGAACUGUGGCAAGCGCUGGACGCCGUCAAGCUGAAAUCCUUUGUGGGUGCACUCGAUGGAGGCCUCAGCUACCGGUUGCACGAUGGUGGCGCCAACUUUAGCAUGGGUCAGCGACAACUAAUUUGUCUGGCACGCGCCAUAUUACGGAACAAUAAUAUACUCAUCAUGGACGAGGCAACGGCUAAUGUGGAUCCCGACACCGAUCAGCUCAUCCAGGAGGCAAUACACACCAGGUUCGCCAGCUGCACGGUGUUAACAAUUGCCCAUCGGCUGCAUACAGUAAUGGAUUCGGAUCGGGUGCUGGUGCUGAAUGCGGGUCGUGUGGUUGAAUUGGGGCAUCCACAUCUGCUGUUGCAGCAACGCAAUGGACACUUGUAUCGCUUCGUGGAGCGAACUGAAGCAGCAAGUGCGAAGCAUCUGCGCUACGUCGCCGAGCAGAGCUAUCAUAAACGGGUGUUGAGCAAACGAUUGCCAGGAGCAAAUCAGCAGGUGCAGGUGCAUGGCGAGGGCAGGUUGAGCGUUUUCAAGGGUACCACAUUAUAAAAAGACUGUAGUUUGUUUAUGUUUUAAGUUGUAAGUUAUGGUAAUAUAGUUUUUA